AUGCUUUCUUCUAGUGAAACAUGUCUACACAAUUUCUUACAAAUCCAAAGAAAGAGAAAGAAGAAAAUGGGGGUGGACAUACAAGGCAAGCUCCGACUAGCUCUUGGCGCAGUGAAGGAUCAGGUAUCAAUUGGGAAAGCCAUGAUCUACAGUAAUCAUGAAGGGAAAGAUUUUUCCAGCAUAGAAGUUGCAGUUGUACGUGCAACUGGCCAUGAUAGUGGCCCCAUUGACGACAAACACAUGCAUGAGAUCCUCUUCUUGGUCUCUAACUCUGCAGGAUCUAUCCAUUUUCUUGCUGAGCGGAUUUCUCGCCGCCUUGGCAAGACCAGAGACAACCUGGUUGCCCUCAAGACACUCUCUCUCAUUCACCGGCUUCUUCGUGGAGGCAAUCGAUGCUUCGAACAACAGCUGCGAAGUGCGCAUGCUUCAGGCCAUCUCCAAAUGAGUACUCGCUGCUUUCUGAGGAAUAUUUCAGAUCCUUCGGUAAGGUUCAUACACAAGUAUGCAGCUUAUCUAGAGGAAAGAGUAGGGUGGGUCAUCAAUCAAGCAGGGAAGCUCGAACCUGUUAUGUCCCAGGGUGAUCUGGAAUUUCGAUGCUAUGAUGAAAAGUCCAUUGAUAUGGUGUUCAGGAAAUUGCCAAAAUGUCAAGUGUUUGUAGAUAGAGUCUUAGAUUGUUCCCCAUUCAAUAUUUUGCCUUCAGAUAAUCUUGCUCAAGCAGCUAUGAGCAACACCUUGAAAGAGAGCUUCCAAGUUUACGAGACAUAUUGUGAAGGUGUAGCAGCUCUUGUUAAUAUGUUCUUUGAUUUAACAAGGCCUGCUAGAGCCUUGGCCUGUCAAAUACUUAAGAGGGCUUCUCAGCAGAGCCAGGAGCUUCAUGGUUUGUAUGAGAAUUGCAAACCAAUUAUCGAAAACAAGAACUUGGACUAUCCAGUGGUACAAAUCAUCACCAUGGAUCAUGUUAUGGCAUUGGAGCAGUUUUCAACGUAUAUCGCAACUUCGAAUAGCUCAUCAAUACUGAGCAAGAAUGGUUCAACACCUCCUCCCAUAUUGGAUUCCAUAACAAAGUCCACCAAGUUGCAAGCAGCCAUAGAAGGUGAUGAAAAGGAUGCAGGUAAUUUUAGCUGCUCAUCAACUUUAUUCUCUUGCACACUGGAGACUAAAAUAAGCAAGGUGUGGGUGGUUUUUGAAGAUUAA